AGUUUGUACUUCACAUGCAUUUCAAUGUACAAAGCGACUAGGACCCCCAGCUGAUAUAUAAAAUGGGGCGCAUUCAUUCCAGAAUUAUUAGUAUCUUCCAUUGAAUUUGCAAUGAAAGUCGUAAUUGUUUUAGCAAUCUGUGCGCUAACCGCAGUCGCUGCCGUGCCCAUUCCUGAGGACCAACGUGUCAACGGAGAGAAUGGUUGGUAUAUUCCUAAAGUAGAUGGCUCAUCUUACUGGGUCUCAACCGAGGAGGGCGAGCAGAUGUUGGCCGAUUUGGAGAAGAAAGAAGAAAUGGAGGGUCGUAUUCUACCAGUUCCAGUGACUUUCUACUUGUACACCAAUAAAAAUCCAUCCAAAGGACAGAAGAUUACCGAAACCGCCAAAUCUAUUAACAAUUCCGACUUCGAUGCUAACAAUCCAACGAGAUUCGUCAUUCAUGGCUGGACUCAGAGCUACACCGCUGGUAUGAAUAAGGAUAUUCGUGCUGCCUGGUUGGGACGUGGCAAAUAUAAUGUGAUCAUUGUGGAUUGGGCCCGUGCACGUUCCGUUGAAUACGCUUCCUCUGUUGUUGCUGUGCCAAAGGCAGGCCAAAAGGUUGCUAGUAUGAUUAACUACUUGGUAGAAAAGCAUGGUAUGAGUUUGGAAACAACCGAAGUGAUCGGUCACAGUUUGGGUGCUCAUGUUGCCGGUUUUGCUGGUAAGAACACUAAAAAUGGUUUACUUCACGCCAUAGUUGGUUUGGACCCCGCCCUGCCACUCUUCAGUUACAACAAACCCAACAAACGUUUGAAUUCCAACGAUGCUCAAUAUGUCGAGUCCAUUCAAACCAACGGCGGUGGAUUGGGUUUCCUCAAACCAAUUGGUAAGGGCGCUUUCUACCCUAAUGGUGGUAAGAGUCAACCUGGCUGUCCUUUGGAUGUAACUGGUGCCUGCAGUCAUGCCCGUUCUUGUGCUUACUAUGCCGAGUCUGUGGCUCGUGAUGACUUCCCCAGCAUGCGCUGUGGUGAUUACCAGGAAGCAGUGAAAGAUAAAUGUGGCAGCUCUUACAGUGGUGUGAAAAUGGGUGCAGUGACCAAUGCUUACAUGGUGGCUGGUGAUUUUUACGUGCCCGUGCACAGCUCUGCCCCCUAUGGUUUCGGAGCUUAAGAGAAUUGCAAAUAAAAUGAUUACAACGGCUCAUUUAAUGAAACGAUUUUGACAUAAA